GGAGGAGGAGGAGGGACGCGCGGAGAAGGCAGUAACUUUAAAGCCAGCUCAGAGCCCAGACCUCCAGCCAAGCGGUUUGCAAGCGCGGCGGCGGCGGCGGCGGCGGCGUUGAGUGUCUGGCCCGCCGGUCCGGUCGGGGUGUGCAGUUGGACGGACGAGCAGCGCGUCGCUGUCCCCCGGCGGCUGGAGAUGUCCGAGCCCAAGGCAAUUGAUCCCAAGUUGUCGACGACCGACAGGGUGGUGAAAGCUGUCCCUUUUCCUCCAAGUCACCGGCUUACAGCGAAGGAAGUGUUUGAUAACGAUGGGAAACCUCGAGUGGAUAUCUUAAAGGCACAUCUCAUGAAGGAGGGCAGGCUGGAAGAGAGUGUGGCAUUGAGAAUAAUAACAGAGGGGGCUUCAAUUCUUCGACAGGAAAAAAACUUACUGGAUAUAGAUGCACCAGUCACUGUUUGUGGGGACAUCCAUGGACAGUUUUUUGACUUGAUGAAGCUAUUUGAAGUGGGGGGAUCUCCUGCCAACACUCGCUACCUCUUCUUAGGGGACUAUGUUGACAGAGGGUACUUCAGUAUCGAAUGUGUGCUGUAUUUGUGGGCCUUGAAAAUCCUUUACCCCAAAACACUGUUUUUACUUCGUGGAAAUCAUGAAUGUAGACAUCUAACGGAGUAUUUCACAUUUAAACAAGAAUGUAAAAUCAAGUAUUCCGAACGUGUGUACGACGCCUGCAUGGAUGCCUUUGAUUGCCUCCCCCUGGCCGCCCUGAUGAACCAGCAGUUCCUCUGUGUGCACGGUGGCUUGUCUCCAGAGAUCAACACUUUAGAUGACAUCAGAAAAUUAGAUCGAUUCAAAGAACCUCCUGCUUAUGGACCUAUGUGUGAUAUCCUGUGGUCAGACCCCUUGGAGGAUUUUGGAAAUGAGAAGACUCAGGAACAUUUCACUCACAACACAGUCAGGGGGUGUUCAUACUUCUACAGUUACCCGGCUGUGUGUGAAUUCUUACAGCACAAUAACUUGUUAUCCAUACUUCGAGCCCACGAAGCCCAAGAUGCAGGAUAUCGCAUGUACAGGAAAAGUCAAACAACAGGCUUCCCUUCUCUAAUUACAAUUUUUUCAGCACCAAAUUACUUAGAUGUAUACAAUAACAAAGCUGCAGUAUUGAAGUAUGAGAACAAUGUUAUGAAUAUCAGGCAAUUCAACUGUUCUCCCCAUCCAUACUGGCUUCCAAAUUUCAUGGAUGUUUUCACUUGGUCCCUGCCAUUUGUUGGGGAAAAAGUGACCGAGAUGCUGGUAAAUGUCCUCAACAUCUGCUCAGAUGAUGAACUAGGGUCAGAAGAAGAUGGAUUUGAUGGAGCAACAGCUGCAGCCCGGAAGGAGGUUAUAAGGAACAAGAUUCGAGCAAUAGGCAAAAUGGCCAGAGUGUUCUCGGUUCUAAGGGAAGAGAGUGAGAGCGUGUUGACACUGAAAGGCUUGACUCCAACGGGCAUGCUCCCCAGCGGAGUACUUUCUGGAGGGAAGCAAACCCUGCAAAGCGCUACUGUUGAGGCUAUUGAGGCUGAUGAAGCUAUCAAAGGAUUUUCACCACAACAUAAGAUCACUAGCUUCGAGGAGGCCAAGGGCUUAGACCGAAUUAACGAGAGGAUGCCGCCUCGCAGAGAUGCCAUGCCCUCUGACGCCAACCUUAACUCCAUCAACAAGGCUCUCGCCUCAGAGACUAACGGCACGGACAGCAAUGGCAGUAAUAGCAGCAAUAUUCAGUGACCACUUCCUGUUCACUUUUUUUUUUUUUUUUUUUUUUUUUUUGAGCUGCAGGGCAUGAUGGGGAUUGCUGCAUAUCAACAGUUGGAUGUUCUUGCCUCUGAUGGUAGCUUAUUUGCUCUGGGGGCCAGGAAUUGGGUUCAGUUUACACUAUCAUUAAAAAAAGAGGGAGGGAGAGAGAUAAUAAACUAUAUUUUAGUGACGGAGGCUAUUAAACACCUCCUUUGGGUAUGCCUUUUAAAAAUGCUUAUAGGAAAAAAAUUUUAAAAAGAAAGCUAAUGCUAGUAUAUACUGCAAUGUUAGGGGAAUGAACAUGUUUUCCUACUGCAUUGGGGACUUUUAGGUAGGUUAAUGAAAGGCCUUUUAUUAUGUUACUGGACAUGAAAAUUUUGUCUAAUUUCUUACUCUAUUGUACGUUUACAGUCGCAGCACUAAAAAUGGAUGACAUCAAACAUUUUUAACAAAAUGAUGUACAAACUAAAUAAGGACUAUUUAUUGAUAAUGUUUUGCUACUCUUGUCAGACAAUGGCUAUAAACUGAAUUAGGCAGUCUUAAAAAAAUAGAAAAAGAAAAAAAAAAAGAAUGUUGCAAAUUUGUUAAAAUGCCAAAAAGGACAGAUUAAUUUUGUACAGAUUAUGCUUACCUCAGGUUUCUUUAGUGUGCUUGAAUGCCCUUCUUUCCAUAUAAGAGUUAUCUUAUUAAUUUGGCGAUGAGUAUCUUUUCUUUUCUUUGAGUUUUAAAAAAACUGGAAUAAUUACAUCUAUCUUUCUUUGCUGUUCAUAUUUAGGGGGUUUUGUUGAUAAAUCAAGUCUUGGUUGUGGCUUGCUGAAUCAAAUAUUUAUGAGUGGUGCAUUUUUAAGUAUAGUGAACAAGACACCGUAUUAAGUACAGUGAUAAAGCAUCUACAUUCUGUAAAAAAAAAAAAAUCUGCCUAUGCAUGUUUUUUAAGAAAAAAAAAAUGGCUGUAUCGGCCUGUAUGGGACUGUAAUGCGCUUAGUGGUCUGACAUAUACUGGAAAUGUAUGUAUACUGGCGUACUUUAUAUUCUCUAAAAUGCUUAAUGCCUUUGAAAUUUUGUAAUCAAAAAAAGCUUUGAAAAAAAUCUAAAGGGGAGAGUAUUCUUAAAAGUUUUUAACAUAAGCUUGUCAGUGCACCUAUAGACGGUUAGCAUGUUUAGCAAACCUUGUGAAAUUUAAAUAAGUUUGUAGUUACAUGUGAAACUCUAAAUGCAUGGUAACUGUUAAUGUCAUAAUGGUUUAGUUAUUUUGUUCUGUCAUGUGCCACAAAAUAUGUACUUUUUUCACUUUUUGCCCUUUGUAUAUCAGUUACGGGUUACAACUGGUUCAUUCUGAAAACAACAACAAAAGUCCAUUAAUAUUUUUUAACAAUUGUAUAAGUGCCCAAGUAAUUCACUACAGCCUAAAGCCUUGCCUUUGUAAUUUGACUUCUGAGAUGUUGGCAAUCAAAGCAUGCACUUGUAACAAUGAAAAAGAAAAAGCAUUUUAUAUUACUACUCAAUAAAAUGUGCAUGAACUUA